CUACUCCAACCAAUUGCAAGGGCCUCCCUUGAGCAUGCAUAGACAAAUGUCCGAAUCACCAUCAUGCCGAUUUUGGCGAUACAAGCGCUGAAUCCUGGUAUAUCUAGCAUGAAUGCUAGAUCGUCAUAAACUCCCAACAUCCCCCAUGCUCGAAUAUGACCGUAGUCUCAAACGAUCCCAGUUGGUGGCCCCUCAUCAAUUCAAGUAUUUUUUACAGCUAUUGGAUGGUUGCCGCAGGCCUCGUGGUGGUAUACGAUUGGGUAUUAACACUCGCACAAGAGAUUGACCUCAUUUGGACCCAACGCUGGUCUCUCAUGACCGUGCUGUACCUAGUCAUACGCUAUGUUGGAAUACCAUAUUCUGUUGCCAGCAUUCUGGGAAAUAUGACAAUUGUCUCGUUGACAGAUGCAGUGAGCAAUAUCAUAAUCUAUGCAAUAAAUGGGACAGGUGUGGUCGUAACUGCCAUGUUGGGCGUCAUCAUGAUUGCUCGGUUGCAUGCCAUGUAUCAGAGAUCUAGGAAGAUGCUUAUUUUCCUUGUUAUUAUCUUCCUAGCUGUAAACAUCGCCUGCGGAGUAAUCGCGACCAUAGCACUCAAGUAUGAUGUUGUAUCGAAGGAACUGAUACUCUCUGGGAUCCACAUGUGCUCUGACGGAUUUGAGGGGGAUUCACAGCUUCUGAUCUCAAUGAUCUGGAUGCUCAACACUGUUUGGGAGGUCCUCGCACUGUGUCUUUCGGUCUGGAUUGCUGCGAAGCACUUCCGUGACCUGCGACGACUCGGCCCAUUGACGGGAUCGACCAUUGGGGACUGUUUCAGAGUGCUGAUGGAAUCCCACGUGCUUUAUUUUGCAAGCUUUGCCGGUGUCUCUUGCCUCCAGCUUGUUAUCAUCUCUCCAAAAGUCGAGAAUUUGAAUUCUGUAGCAGUUGAGAUACUCGGUGGUGCUACGGAAAUCUUAUUGUCCGUGCAGGUGUUUGUGCUGGGACCACGCCUCAUCCUUAGUGUUCGACAAUAUCACGCUAAACUCGUGGCCGAAUCCGACGCAGAAACUAGCAUGAAUUCGAUCGUCUUCCAGGAGCGUGUGCAUGUAACAACUAGCAGUACUGUGUAGGAAAUGGUUGUCGAGUGCUCC